UUCAUUUUAGGAGUGAGGGAGUGUCAGGGUUUGAAUGGCUGAUAUAAGUCACGUUGUGUGACGUCUUCCGUAUAUGAACAAUGGUUUUCAAAACGAUACUUCCUACAGCUGACAACGAGAAGAUCGUCCGAGAGUCGGUACAGACUAAGCUCAUGAAAUGGCUGCAGCAGGUGGAAAACAUUGGGUAAUGCUUGCAGCUGGUUCAAAGAAAUGGGACAAUUACAGGCACCAGGCCGAUGUGUGUCACGCCUAUCAGAUAAUGCAUCAGAAUGGAAUCCCUGACUCUCAGAUUGUGGUGAUGAUGUAUGAUGACAUUGCUUAUAAUGACAAAAACCCAUAUCCUGGAAAGAUUAUAAAUAAACCAAACGGAUGGAAUGUGUAUCAGAAGGUUCCAAAAGACUACACUGGACAGGAUGUAACACCUGAAAACUUUCUGGCUGUGCUCAGAGGUGAUAAACGUGCUGUGAGAAGUAAUGGUCCAAAAAAAGUCAUUGCAAGUGGAAGAAAUGAUACAAUAUUCAUCUACCUGUCAGAUCAUGGAGGUCCAGGCGUAUUUUGUUUUCCUAACAGUCCUCUUUAUGCCAGUGAUCUUAUUGCAACAAUCAAGCAAAUGGCGGCAGAUAGGAUGUUCUCAAAGAUGGUGAUUUAUUUGGAAGCUUGUUAUUCUGGAUCAAUGUUCACACAACUCCCCAGCUACAUUCAUGUGUAUGCAGUGACGGCAGCAAACCCGAUUGAGAGUAGCUAUGCCUGUUUUUUUGACCCUGUGAGGAAGACAUAUCUAUCCAAUGAAUUCUCAGCUGUUUGGAUGCACCACAAUGAAAAGUGUGAUCUCAAUAAAGCAACAUUUCAGGAUCAGUUUGGUUAUCUUCAGAAAAAGAAGUGCCACUCUCACUUUUGCUGGUUUGGUGACAUGAGUGUUGGUCAAUGUCCAAUCAGUGAGGUUUUGAAAAACACCCCUCAAAAACCCCCGCAGAUCAUUAAAGCUCGAAAGCUCAGGUUAACUGAUUUGACUCCUACCCAUGAAGUCCCAUUUACAAUCUUGAAGCACCGAAUUGCCACAGAAACUGAUGCAGGAAAGAGACAAAGUCUGAUCAGAAAACAAGAAUCUCUUUAUCAGGCUAGGGCUAAAAUUGAGCGAACGGUUCAAGCUAUCAAGCAACGCUUUCCUGCUGGUGCAGAUGAGGAUGAAGUGGAUGGAGAUUAUAGUACUAGCAUUGAUUUGCAGGAGUUCAAAACUGUAGCUGAGCAUUUCAGGACAACCUGUUUUGACUGGCACGUGGAAGAGUUUGAGAUCGCCUUGUCCUACAUGCAGGUGUUUGCUCGUCUCUGUGCACGUGGAGUUGAAGCAGAAAGAAUCAAAGAGGCCAUAACAACAGUCGGUGAAAGCUCUAAUGUGUUACCAUGAAAGCAUCCUUAUGAAGAAUUUAUGAAAAUCACAACAAUCAAAUCCUCAAUGUAAAAAAUUAUAUCAACAUAUAUUUUUUAUGUUAUUUUAACUUAAGAAAUUAAAAAUUGUAUAACUUAUUUUUUUAAGUUAUGUCAACUUAUUACAAGCCAAACUGAGUCAAACUGUAGUUAAAAUUAGAGCAUGUGCAGACUCAUUUAUUUUUAAAGUCUUUUGGCUAAUAUAAAUAUGUAAAUAUCUAAUAAAACACAGUAGAUGCCAUUGAAUUUGUAAAGUGCUUUUACAACACAUAAAGUCGGUUUCCUGGACAGUGCUUAGUCCCAGACUAAAAUGCAUGUUUGAGCUGCUGUAAUUUAAAAUCAUCUCAGCAUAUAUCAGUGCCAUUGUUUUGUCUGUUUUGUACUGUUUUUUGUAAGGUAUGUUUGUAAAAAAAUGUCCUAAUAUAACUUAGGAUGAGUUCUAGAUUAAUCUAAACCCUGUCUGGGAAACUGCCCAAUAAUGUGCUGAAUAGAAAAUAAACGGUAUUAUUGUUCAUAAUGUGACUAUAGACGGGAUCAUAAGUAUUUGCUCCUGUUUAAUCUUUUGAUAAGAUGAUUUAUUGUGGACAACAAGAAUUGAGAUUGUUAGAAAGAAAACAAAGGGCUCAUUUCAGGUGCACACAUAUAAUAUUGCAUGUUUAAAAUGUUUUGAAAAUAGUUUGCACUGACAGAUCUUAAAAUAUAUUGGCCUGGUUUCACAGACAAGCCUUAGCUUAAGACAGAAGUUAU